UCCCCCUGAAUCCCGCCGAAUCUUCAUCUCGGAGAUUCUUCUUUGCACGCCUCUUUUGCUGGUGACUAUGUAGAUAACGGAACCAAUUCUUCUCACUCGCGGAAUCGAUUUUCAUCCCGGAAUAUGCCCAUUCCGAUGUUAAAUUUUGGAACCUUCUUCCAGGACUCUGCCCAUGCAUUACAUAUCCUUUUCCACCUGCCGAUUGUCUUCAGUUAUAAUCUGCUAUGGAGCCGACUGUUUACUGUUUAGCGGGAUACAGCUCCACUAGUCCUGGACUGUAUCAGCGGAUACUCACCUCACAUCGCACUGCUGAAGCUCAAUAUUCUAUUACCGUCCCAGUAAAUGUUGAGUUUGACCCUUUCUCGCACUUUAGCCACUGCGGACAUUGUUUCUGAGACACACCCUAUGAAAUUGUUAUCUACAGCUUCGGCCCUGUCAGGGCCGCCGUCAAUGUCAACAACUGCCAUUCAACAUUGUUAGGAGAGAAUCCCCCCUAGAUGCAUGACUGGCCAGCCAUCCCAUGUACUAAUGACGUUGAAAAUUUCCAGGAUGAAUUCCUGCGCCCGACCCAGGUAUGAGACGAAUUUCAGCUUCAACGCCACAAUUCCGAUAAUUACAAUGAUAAUUAUAUGAUCCAACUCUUUCCGGGCCCUGUCAAUCCCUUAUUAAAACGCCUUCUUCCCGGGUUUUUCGAGUCUGAGGAGCGGACUGGUGCAAAAUGUUGUUGUUUGUUCCUGUCGCUUUCCAUCCUCCCCCUUUCUUCGGCGCCUUCCCUCCAUCCAAAUCCGGACUGUGGAUCAUGCCUCAAUUGUUUUCUUUCUGCUACUUAUCUUGUUUUCCCUGGGCUUCGUCCCAUGUUGGGUUGAUAAGGCUUUCGGCAGCUGGGUUUUCUGCGCUCUUGGGUUUCUUCGGUUUCGUUGCUCUUCUUCUAGCCCAACCUACCAGUGGACGCUGGACCUACAACAACAUGUUCCCGGAGUGGAUAUAUGAACUUUGCCGUGAUGGUACGAACGUGACUUCAGAGCUUGCUACUGAACCUGAAAGCGCCCCUCGUGACAUAAUCGACAGGGUAUUCAAGCCGCAGAAUGGUUUAUGCGAUAGGUGCCGGAGCAGCGAAAAGGAGAAGGGGAAUAGACAUCUUGAUUUGCAGCAGGCAUAUUUGUGCGGGAAAUGGGGCUCUAGAAGGCCCAGUGAUCUUUUUCUUCAGAUAUAUCACGAUGUGCUCUGUGCUCUUGACCGCAACCCGAUGGCUGGCUGCGCUUCCCCAUCAUUACUAGGGAGCUCCGGAGUUGUGCCGCUGACCAUCAUUGCUCCGACUCCUGAUAUCUGUCGUCAUAUGGCACACUGCAUUGUUCGGGCAGAAAAGGAGGUGUUCCUGGCCACAAAUUACUGGACUUUUUCCCGCUGCUCGACACUCAUCACGGAUGCUCUGAAGGAACUAUCCCUUCGCGCUGGGAGACGCGGGACUAAGGUGGUUGUUAAGAUUAUGUAUGAUCGUGCACAGUUGAAACAGAUCAUCAACAGCCGCCAGCUCGUUUAUCCUAAGGAGGUCACAGACGUACAUGUGCAAAUGCCUCCCCCGGAACAUAUCCCAAACCUUGAACUUGAAGUGAUGAAUUACCACAAACCUUUGUUGGGGACAUUUCAUUCAAAAUUCAUGGUGGUGGAUCGGAGGGUGGCAUUGCUCCAAAGUAACAACAUACAGGACAAUGAUAACUUGGAAAUGAUGGUUCGAAUGGAAGGCCCCAUCGUCGAUUCUUUCUAUGAUCUGGCGAUUAUCCAAUGGAAUACCAAGUUGACACCAAUGCUUCCAAUGAUUAAUUCACCCGCCAUGACAGAGAAACCGCCAAGUUUUGCUCAUCACGCCGGUCAGAAACUCACCGGGAAGGCUGUCAAUACAUUCCAAUUAGAGAGGCUCCAAUCGAAGGAAUUAGAGAGCCGGAAUGAAUUGACCCGGGAGUCCGGAGAGUAUGACCCAGACAUUGAGUCAGAAGCCGCAAGUAUCCAAGCUAGCGUCAGACCUCGAGGUACUGAAAGUAGAGUGGAAGGCGUCACUCGUCACUUGAAUAUUGUUAAACGCCCUGACAUAACAGGCGAUGCCCCCGAAUGGUCUGAUCAAAAUGAAAUGACACCUUACCUUCUGCAUGCGCCGCAUAAUCCGUUUCCAAUGGCACUGGUCUGUCGAGAGCCAUGGCCCGCUUUGAAUCACUCGAGUAUUUACACUCCUCAAAACGUGGCAUUCCUUUCAGCUAUCCGCAACGCACAGAAGUCCAUUUUCAUUCAAACCCCGAAUAUGAAUGCAGAAUGCCUACUAGAGCCUAUCCUUAAUGCAGUUCGUCGAGGUCUUGUGGUGACCUGCUAUCUUACCCUGGGAUACAAUGACGCAGGAGAACUACUUCCAUUCCAAAAUGGCACCAACGAAAUGAUAUCAAAUCGCCUAUACAACUCUCUUACCUCUGAGGAAGAGAAGGCCAGGCUUCAGAUAUACAAUUAUGUGGCGAAGGAUCAAACGAAACCUAUCCAUAACAAGUUCAAAAAACGGAGCUGUCAUAUAAAACUGAUGGUCAUCGACGAGCACGUUGCGAUUCAAGGAAAUGGGAAUCUUGAUACACAAUCGAUCUUCCACUCGCAAGAAACGAAUGUCCUUUUUGAUUCUGCGGAGAUAUGCCAAGCAUGGCUGGAAGGCAUUAGAAGAAACCAAAAUACCGCGAUAUAUGGGGCAGUUAGCUCGCAAGAUGGGUGUUGGCAUGAUCCGGUGACAGGCGAAAUGGUAGGAGGUGCCAUUGGAGUUAACCCCGGCAGGUUUAGUUGGAUCAAGGGGUUAGCGGGAGCAAUUAAGAGAGUUCAAGGUGUGGACGGAUUCUCAAGGUAUCUCGGAGAGCGAGAUACGACUUUUCACGCUGGGGUACUAGGCAGUCUAUAGUGACAAAUGUGUCAAAUGGCAGUGUAAAGGCUUAAUUAAUUCCACAUAAUACUGAUUUUAUAGUCACGCACCAAUUACACUAGUUCAAAUAUAGUUAGUAUAUUGCUAUAUAUGAUUUAGUCAGUCUUGGCUUUCAGACUAUGAGCUUCACUUCUCACAGAUCUCUCAACAAAUACUAGUAUUACUCUUCUG